GAAAUUUGUUGCUGCGUUUGAGACUUAAUAUGGCGCAAAAAGCGUUCAGUCUACAGCCAAUGAAGCGUCAAUUGAUCGACGUCGCUACUGACAAUCAACAGGCUUCAGAUAUGUCUGUAUUACUACCUAACGCAUGGACUCCUAGAAUUUCGAGACCUCGGCGACCAAAUCCCAUAAAAUUCACUCCUGGUGAAGCAGAAAUGAAAUUUUCUAGCUCGAUUGUCAAAAGAAAAGAAAUAAGAAUUAAAGGAAAACUUUUAGUUCGUGUACCAAAAUUUAGUACAGAAGAAGAAGAUCCAGAUCGGAUUAGCAUGAGAGAAAUUCUUAGUUCUCUAAAUUCGUCCUGCUCCCAUUACGAUGUAUGUCAAUCAAGUUUAUAUCGCCCCCCUAUUCUUCAAUUGCCAGAAAAGGCCUCCUCUCUAGCUACUCGAAAAAAGACAACAAUUGAAAAGGUUCUUAAAAAGACCGCACCGCCAACAUUUCUCGCGCAAAAAAGGAGAGAUUAUAUGGAAAGAUCGCUCUGGUUGCCAAUGAAUACAAGAGCAAAUUUAAGAGAUGGUCCUUCAAUUAUUAAAACUUUCUACGAAGAUUUACCAGAUUGGAGGAGAACUAAAAAAACCGAGUUAGAAAUAUCGAAUCAAUUCAGACAAACAAAACACUUUCAGCCAAAUCCUGACUACCUUGCUCUUAAUUGUAGAAAGAAGAGUUUGUCAAGCCUAACAAAUUCUGAUCAAUCAGAAAUAAAGAGUGAAGCCAGCGUUAAAAAGGUAAAAAUAUUCCUUCCACUCAAAUAGACUUAAAAAAGGGACAGUAUCUGAAACCGAUUAUGUAUGUGCUAUCGGAUAUGGCUGUAAAAGAAAAAGGAGAAAAUCUAUAAAAUACAAAAGAAUAUCGAAUGGUGAGCCGUCAUAUACAAAUAGCGGAGUGGAUAUCCCAAUUUGGGGUUUUCUUCUUGAACACUUUUAUUUUCUUUUCUUCAAUAAAAACAAAUAUAUAUGUAUUUACA